AUGGCAAACAUCUCUCAUUCUCAUAGUACGACCGAGACCAAGCCUUACGUACCCACGGAUGCUGAAGACAUGCUAGACGUAGCUAUCUCAGUCUUGGACCCGCGCCUCGCCCAUGAAGCCUCGUCGUCACAGUCAACACCGAGGACCGCGGGCCGCUAUCGUCAGGUGCAUCUUAGCUUCGCUAGUCCGCCACCAGAUUCGCGAAAGCGUGCACGAAGCGUACCGCCUCCACCCACUGCUGAGGAGCUGGAGGCGCAGGACAAGGCUAUCGCAGAGGAUGCAGAAUUCGCUCCUAACACCAAGUCUCCCUUUGGCGGUGCUGGCGUCGGUGCAAGGGAUUUUCAGAAGUCGGCGUGCCGCAACCAUGACCAGUCCAAGGUGCACCUCGCAGCCAUGGAAGCUGAACGACUCGCUGCUGGCACGGAGUGGAUUGCGCAGAACGAUGCACCAAUCGCUCUCUACCCCAUGCUGGUGCGGUUCAUGGCGGAGCAAGGAUGCCCCGACAUGAUGAACGGCGAAUCCUACGGGCGUUAUUACUCGCGAUACGCCUUCGGCGAAUUCGUAGAGGCUAUGACGGAGCAUCUGGUGGCCAAGCAGCUCUUUGACAUCAAAGAGUCGGCCUGGUACAGCCUCGCCUUCGAUGAAUCCACGGAUCGCGCCCGGGAAAGCAUCUCAUCGUCACUGUACGACACGAUCGUCAAGUGUCUUUGGGCGAAGGACAUGUCGAUGGACAAGCUUGUCGGGGUUUCAACGGAUGGUGCAUCCGUCAUGACUGGCGCGAAGAACGGAGUUGUCGCCCUGCUUCGGAAACGGUGCCCGUGGCUGGUGGCGAUUCACUGCGUGGCGCAUCGUGAGGCAUUGGCUGCCAAGGAUGCCCCGAAGAGCUUCAAGGAGUUCAACGUCGUCGAUCAGAUGAUACAGGUGAAGAAUCAUGUCGACAAGGUGAAGACCAAGCUUUCGCAGUACUACGUGGAGCCCGGCGCAUCCAACGGGCCGAACACCUCUCGCCUGAACAAGUUCCUUGCUGCACACGGCAGCAAGGACAAGCGCAAGCUGGAGCUCAAGGGAGUGGACGAGAACGGCAAACCUGCAAAAGCCGAGAUCGUGCUCCACGAGGACAUCAUCGACCCUGAAAACCCUGGGGGGGAUGCGACUUGGAGGCCUGCGUGGACCUGGCGCGGCGUUUCGAUGGUGUUGCGACAAGUCUACCCGCCAGGAGUCAACGACUUUUUAGUAGCAGCGCGAAUCACCAGCCAUGAUGACGAUUCGACAUGGCUUUCCGGUUCUGCUGCUCGUCGUCAGUGUUCUUUCAACCACAACAAACGCCGCACGACUGAUUCUGGUGCCAUCUGCUUGCAGCAAGAUCUUUUGGCCCGAGGUGGUGGGGAUGGAGGGGACCAAGGCUCGAGAGCACAUUCUUGCCUUGGGCCCGCAAUGCCACUGGGACGUGCAGCUCAUCCCUGCCCACGCACAGACCACCUGCGAAUGUCGCCCACACCGAGUCCGCAUUUUUCUCAAUAA